CCCCAACGCAACCAGGCUUCUGUUAUCGAUCACCGAGAAGACCCUUUUUCGUCCUUACGAAUCUGCAUACAUUCUCUUGUAGCAUACUUACACAAAUACACCCGCCAUCAUGUCGAAGCCUUUUGACCCCGAGACCGCGGAGAACUUUGAGGAUAUGGAGAAGCAGUUUGCCGUCAAGGCCGUGGAGCACUUGAUGACAUACUGGUCGAUUCUCGAGAAGGUCCGCGGAUCGCAGCUCCGGUUGACCAAGAUGGACAAUGAGAUCUACGAGUCCUUCAUGAAGGAGUUCCCGGACUUCGACCCCGCCGAGACCCUGAACGAGGACAAGAUGAAGAGCAAGGAGGGCAAGGAGAAGUGGCGCAACUGGAUGAACCAGUACGAGAAGACGAUCAGCGACUUCAACUUCGGGACCAUGCUCCGCUCCAACCCCAAGUAUGAGUACGACCAGGAAACGACUAUCUUCGCUAUGCGCAUGCAGUUUUACGCGGUCGAGAUCGCCAGAAACCGCGCUGGACUCAACGACUGGAUCUACGAGAGGGCGCAGAAGGCCAGCUCCUAGAUGUGCUACGGGGUACCAAAGCCCUUCCUUGGCCUUCUAGAAUCAUCGCCGAAUGAGACUGGAUCCAUCCCAGGCGCUCCGAUUCCUGCAUUGCUAUCACUUAUGGGAUAAGUGCAAUGACUCAAGUCCAUAGCCAUCGACUCAGCGGCCCGUUUUUACGGUCCCGUGGAUUUUGCGUUUGACGGCCUUGACGUCGCUCCAGUGGCCUUGGCAAAGAGUCUAGUUUCUCUCACAAGUGACCCGGGUUGGAACUUUUUCUUUUUUUUAUUCUCUUACAAAAAAGCGAAACGUCAUGUAUAUACAAGUGGGUGGAUACUGUUCAUUUGAAAUGAAGUAAUGAAUAGAAAGUUUGGUGGUUUGAUCCUUAGCGGCUAGCGGAG